GCCCAGUGCGGGUCGCCGGCGAUGAGCAGCCUCCGAUCCAUCUCCACCCUCCUCCACACCUACUACUCCUCGUCCACCGCCGCCGGCCGAGGCGCCAGGCGGCUCGGGUUCGCGCCGCGGCUCGCAGGGGGCUUCCGCGCCCCGUCCAAGGCGUCAUCCGUGUCCGUGCUCGACGAGGUCGCGAGGGCGGCGGGGAGCGUGCGGAGGAGGGCGUCCACGCGCGCGGCGAGCUGGGAUUCGGAGAAGUCGCCGUACGAGACGCUCGAGCUGGAGAGGGAUGCUGAAGAGGACACCAUAAAGACGGCAUACAGGAGAUUGGCCAAGUUCUAUCACCCUGAUGUUUAUGAUGGUAAGGGCACCCUCGAGGAAGGAGAGACUGCUGAAGCCCGUUUCAUCAAAAUCCAAGCAGCAUAUGAGCUGUUGAUUGAUGAUGAAAGGAGGAAAGCGUAUGAUAAAGAGCAUUAUGUGAAUCCAAUGAAGGCUUCUCAGGCAUGGAUGGAGUGGGUGAUGAAAAAGCGAAAAGCUUUUGAUAAACGUGGUGACAUGGCGGUAGCUGCUUGGGCUGAGCAACAGCAACGAGAAUUGACGCUACGGGCACGGCGUCUCUCUAGGUCAAAGGUUGACCCAGAGGAGGAAAGAAGAUUAAUUGCCAAGGAAAGGAAGAUAUCCAUGGAAUUUUACAACACAACUCUAAAAAGACAUACCCUUGUACUACGGAAGAGAGACCUUAUGCGCAAGAGAGAAGAGGAAGACAAGAAUAAUGAAAUCAGCAGACUUCUAGCUGCCGAGGGGCUUGAGUUAGAUACAGACGAAGAUGAUAACAAAACUUUCUUAAAGUAAUUCUUUCCGGUAUUUACUCGCCAAUUUUAUCCACCCCAUCCAAGAAGUGCUGGAAGGUUUCGUUAUGAAGUUCCAUCACGAUGAAGUAUAUAAGGUGAGAAAAACUGGCCUUGUUGGAAAUGCUGAGUCAUACAUGGUAACUGUUGAUUGUUGGAUCAGGAAUCCCUUUGUGUUCCGCUGUAAGAUUGUCUCAUGGAGCAGGAAGAGGAGGGAAGUGAAGUGAUCCAUCAGUACUUGAUUUCUGCAGCACUGCAGUGCGGUCCAGCACCAAAAAUAUGUCCUAAGUACAAGUACUUAGAUGUGUAUACUUGUUCCAUGUAAAAUGUAAUUAUGUUAGGUGGGUAUCUUUUUUUGUCCAAGCGCAGUUACCAGCUACGUGGUGUAACUUUGGUCCUGUGUAAAAAUAUACUACUGCAGAAGGCGGGAAAAACACCCAAGAUAUGCUUACUGAGCAGAAUACUGCAGUUUCCAGUCCACA